GUUGUGGUGCGGCUGCUGGGGACAGACGGAGCUGCCAGGGCCGGUGAAAGUCCUGCGAAGAGCAACACUUCGGUUCUGACUUCCAAACAAACUACGACCCCCGGGAGUCUCAGCGAGAAAAAGAGAAAGCGGAUGAUAUAGAGAGAAGAGGUCCGCCACCAGAGAAGGUUUGCUGGGAUGGGUAACCUGCUUAAAGUCCUAACAAGGGAAAUAGAGAACUAUCCACACUUUUUCCUGGACUUUGAAAAUGCACAGCCGACAGAAGGAGAGCGAGACGUGUGGAACCAGGUGAACUCAGUCCUCCAGGACUCGGAGAACAUCCUGUUGGGUCUGCAGUCGUAUAAAGGAGCCGGCCAGGAGAUCAGAGAUGCAAUUCAAAACCCUAACGACUUCAGGCUGCAGGAGCGAGCGUGGAACUCCGUCUGCCCGCUGGUCAUCAAACUCAAGAAGUUCUACAGUUUCUCUCUAAGAUUAGAGGAGGGUCUGCAGAGUCUUUUGGAGUCGCUGACGUGUUCGCCCUUCACGCCCACUCAGCACCUGGAGAGGGAGCAGGCCUUGGCCAAACAGUUUGCGGAGAUCCUCCAUUUCACUCUGCGCUUCGAUGAGCUCAAGAUGAGAAUUCCUGCCAUCCAGAAUGACUUCAGCUACUACAGAAGAACAAUCAGUCGAAACAGAAUAAACAACAUGAAUUUGGACAUUGAGAGUGAAGUGAACAACGAGAUGGCCAACAGGAUGUCUCUGUUUUACGCUGAGGCCACGCCCAUGCUGAAAACACUCAGCAACGCAACCACAAACUUUGUGACAGAGAACAAAACUCUACCACUGGAGAACACGACAGACUGUCUCAGCACCAUGGCAAGCAUCUGUAAAGUCAUGCUGGAGACACCAGAAUAUUCGAGUCGUUUUAGCAGCGACGAAACGCUCUUGUUUUGCAUGAGGGUCAUGGUCGGGGUCAUCAUUCUUUACGACCACGUCCAUCCCAACGGUGCCUUCAACAAGUCCUCCAAGAUAGACAUGAAAGGCUGCAUAAAGGUCCUGAAGGACCAGCCAGCAGACAACGUAGAAGGCCUCCUGAACGCCCUCAAAUUCACCACAAAACACCUGAAUGACGAGUCCACGCCGAAGAACAUCCGGACGAUGCUCCAGUAAUAUUUGCUCUUUUUAAAAAAUAUAGAUAGAUAUGAAGAGGAUCGAUGCUCUGACCUCAAAUAAGAUGUAUAUGUUUACAUUAUUUAAAAAGACUCGAUGUUAAUACUUGUGUGUAUUUGCAUAGUCAUUCCCUCCAAGUUAUUGAAACCUGCAGAACAUGUACCUUGUACUUUGCAAACGAAAAAAUGAAAGCAUCACGUGAAUUGCCUCUACUGUUAACAGCUGUCAAAGCACAGAUACCUUUCAGCCUUAUUCUAGAGCCGAGCUUUGCAAAGCAGCACUUGGACAUAAAUCAACAAGGCAGCAUGAAAAUCUCCUUAAGUCUUGUCAAUCUUGUGUUUGACAAUGGAAUAAGCGUUAGCGUACAGAUUUUAGCCAAAAUUGUACUUGAUGUUUUUGAAGCAAAAUAAAUCUCUUUCUGAAGCAGGAAAAUUCAAUUCUCAAACAGGUUCUCGUUUAUAUCGCAAUGUCUCAUUUCUAGCAAAAGUGAAGUUGAUUCUAUGUUUUCACUUAAUUUACAAAGAAUGACAGGAUGAUACUAAUCAAUGUUAAGUGGACAUUUCUGUUGCAUCGAGGGGCUAAAUGUUGAAGCAGAUAAGGGAUUGAUCGGUUUGAUGAAAUGGUUCAAAGCAUUUGGUUGUUUUCUCUUUUUAUACUUAGCUGUUAAAAAAAAUAGAUCCACUUUAAACAGUCAAAAAGUUCCUGUAUGUCAACGUUUGCUUUUGCUGAUUGAAAACGCUGUGAUGAUAAAUCACAAAAUUGAAUCAACCAAACAAAUAUUGUAUUUAAUUGUUCUGUGACAGUGCUCUGAAUGAUAGUUGUGUGUUUUUGCCUUUUUUUUUACUACUUUUUUUUACGGAAAAUUCAUUUCCCCCCGAAGAAAGGCCCAAAAAUGAUUUAAUCCUAAAUAAAUGUGUUCUCAACACAUUUUUUUUAACUUUUUUUAAUCUCUAAUUGAAAUUCAGCUUCUGAGAGACAAAUGUGACCAGGUUUUUAUUUUUUAUAUAAAUUUUGAUAUUGUGACACGAUUGAACCAACAUCUUAGUGUAGAGAGCCCUUGUACAAAACUCAAACAAAUGUCUCAGAUAAAUGAAACUACAAAUUUCACAUCCUAACAGCUGAUAGUUUGAAAUAAUAUAUUGGCCUUAAAUUAGAUUUUGGAUUAAGAGGACUGACUCAAGUCUUGAGCCUGCAGCAGCUGUGUGUCAUUGUCGCUCAUCAUAGAAGACUCAUUGUGUAUUUCUGAUACUCCGGCUCAUUUGACUAAUACGAAACCACAGACAUUCCUGAUUGUCCCUCGGUUCCUCCGCUUGUAGCUGCUCCUAACCUGAUCAAACUAACCUCGUUCACAUGGUCGGACAAUCUCAUCACCUGUGAUGGUUUUACGUUAUUUUCUGUUGUGGUUCACUUUCUCUGUAAAGUUGAUGAAAGUCAGUAUUAGUUUGUAUUAAUGGAUACGGAUAAUAAGUAUCUCCCAUCCGUUUUUGGUUAAAUUGUUCAACUUUUCCAGAGGAACAACUGGACUGACUUCUUCAACUUUAUGACUUUCACCACAUUAUCAUCACCUCUGUGAAGCUAACAACUAUUAGCAUUAAACCUGUGACACCUGUUUUGGCAUUUAAUUUCAUAAAGCCACAUUUAGCCUCCACUGUACCACACACACACUCCUUCCCUUGGAUUAACACAUCAUUAUUAAAUUAACAUGUCAGGUAUCUAGCAUUCAAAAAGGUAUUGUUUAUUUGUCACCCUUUUGUAUUUAGUAAUAUAUAUGUGUCUCUCUGUGUGUGUGUGUGUGUGCGUGAGCCAUACUUUUGAUGCAAUGUUUUAUAUGCAACGAGUGAAAACUACAUGGUUGAGACUUAAAGUGAGGUGUACGUAUGAUACUGAUAUUUCAUGUCUGACUGAAGUGUUUUUUUUUAAUUACGGUCUUCUGUCAUGAUUGAUGUACACAAAGCUUCCCUCUUUGCUGAUGAUAUGCUACUGUGUGUUGAAUGCAAAAUGUUUAAUACUGAGACAAAAUCUCUUUUUCUUUUUGUCUUAAACUGACAGUUUGACAGUUACUGUUUAAUAUUUCUGGAGUUCGGACUCUCUGUUUAUAUAAAUGGCUUUGGCUUUGUAUUGCGUUCUGAAUGGGAAAUAUGGAUUGGAUAAUAAAGGUGGUACAUUUCUUA